AUGAUAGACAAAACUAUAUUAAAAACUACAAAUAUUUUAACAGAGUUGGAAGAAUUGAAACAAACUUUUCAAAAUGAUUUAAAAGAAUUAAAGGAAGAGAUUGAUGAAUUGGAGAAAAGAAAAAGGGAAAUGGUCGAUUUCCAAUCGGUUCUUGAUACGAGUUUAAUUGCUGAUCCAAUCACACUCAAUAUCGGUGGUGCAUCAUUUCAAACCUCAAAGGCUACUUUAACCAAAGUUAAAGGAUCCUAUUUUGAUGCAAUGUUCUCCGGUUUCAAUAAUAUUAAAUCUUUGGAACCAAAUUCUUUUUUCAUCGAUAGAGAUGAAGACUAUGGUAGAAUCCCAGUAAAGGUUAGAAGUGAUGUCGAUAUUGAAAUGAAAUUCUAUGGAUUGACAAAGACAUCGGAAUGCUCUUUUUUAGAUUCAGUUCAAUUUAAGAUCAUCAGGGAAUGGCUACCAAAGAAGAAAUUUAAAUUAUUAUAUUCUGGUUCUAGAGAUGGUUUUGAAAGCAAAACCUUUCACAACAAGUGUGAUGGUAAAGGUCCAACAUUGUCAAUUAUAAUGAACGAUGAUGGAGAUGUUUUUGGUGGAUUUAAAAAGGAGAAUUGGACAGGUAAUUCCAUUAAAACGGGUCCAUCAUCUUUUCUUUUUAGUAUUGUCAGCCAAAACCAAACAAAACCAUCUAUGUUUAGUCCAAAAGAUAUGAAAGAAACCUCUGAGUUUACUAUUCUCCCAUUAGAUAAUGUUGGUAUCAUUUUUGGUGAUGAUGGUUGGGGUAUCGAUCUUUACAUUGCCGACAAGUCCAACACCAACAAAGAUAGUUUUAUUGACCUUGGAAAGACAUUCAAUUCUAGUCCCCUCUUCAAUUCAAAAAAGAUUAACUUUAAAGUUUCAGAUAUCCAAAUUAAAUUGUAUGAAUCUUUUUACAUAAACUAUUAUGACGAGACAGCAAAGAUCAAAUCAAGUAAAUCACUGAUCAGUCUCAAAAUUGAUGCUAACAAUAAGGAUCUUUUAAAGCAAUCUAUACAGCAUUGA